AUACGGGGACAUGAGAAAGGAAAUCGGCUUCAGAAUCCGGGACAUGUGGUAUAACCUGGGUCCCCACAAAAUCAAAUUUAUCCCCUCCAUGGUGGGUCCUAUUCUGGAGGUCACCCUGACCCCUGAGGUCGAGCUCCGGAAAGCCACCAUCCCCAUUUUCUUUGACAUGAUGCAGUGUGAGUUCAACUUUAGCGGGAAUGGCAAUUUCCACAUGUUUGAGAAUGAGUUGAUCACAAAGCUGGACCAAGAGGUGGAAGGGGGCAGAGGAGAUGAACAAUACAAGGUCCUUCUGGAAAAACUGCUCCUAGAACAUUGCCGGAAACACAAAUACCUCUCCACCUCUGGAGAAGUGUUCGCAUUCCUGGUCAGCAGCCUGUUAGAGCACCUGUUGGACUACAGAACCAUUAUCAUGCAUGACGAGAGCAAGGAGAACCGCAUGAGCUGUACUGUGAACGUGCUGAAUUUUUAUAAAGAAAAGAAGAGAGAGGACAUAUACAUAAGGUACUUGUACAAGCUGCGGGAUUUGCACCGAGACUCUGAAAACUACACAGAAGCCGCCUAUACCCUCCUCCUACAUGCUGAGCUGCUGCAGUGGUCUGAUAAGCCCUGUGAACCCCAUUUGCUUCAGAGGGACAGUUACUACGUCUAUACCCAGCAAGAGCUUAAAGAGAAGCUGUAUCAAGAAAUCAUAUCAUACUUUGACAAAGGCAAAGCUUUUUUUACAGAAAAGUACUUGCAGGAGCAUCCCGAAGACCAGGAGAAGAUUGAGCUGCUAAAACGACUGAUAGCAUUGCAGGGCGGCCAGUGCCCAAGCCCCACACGGAGAAGUAGCGUUCUCAUGUGGUCCAUGCUGUGUCUGCCAGCUUACCUGUCCGUCUCCACCUCCAUCCUCGCCCAGCCUCUGGAUCUGAAGUAUCCCUCUUCCUAA